GUCGUUGGUCGUCAUCCCAUCAUUUGCGCAUGCCUCGAUGAGAUACAAAUUGAAGAGUGUGGGUGUCGGUGUACGCCGCAGAGCGAUGAUAGUGUGAUCAACGCGCGAGACAGCUACAAUUGGAGCUGCGCGUCUUACCAGAGCUCCGCAGAGGGUGCGGCAAUCCGCAGGGAUCGUCCUGGCUUCCUCGCGAAGGUCCAAGUGAUUGCUUGGUCUGCAGUUACGGAAUGUUGUAUGGUCGAAGGAAAGCAACGCAGGAGUCGGAAAAAUAGGAGAUGCGUUACUUAUGGCGGGGAGCCUGGAAUGCGGUGUGGGGUGUGUUUUCUGCACAACGAGGCUGACGAACAGCUGUGGAGCGCAGACCAGUGGAUACAGCGAUAUCUGGCGUAUUCUGCGCAACAGGGCUACGGGAGUCUCCGAAAUGGUGCGAUGUAG